AUGGCGGCUCCCAAGGCCGCGGCCCAGGACAAAGUCUUCCGUACAGCAGGGCUGCUUAAAAAGGGCGAUCCACGGCCGCUUCCGCCCAGCUACCGGAAGUUUCCGUUUGAAACCGAGGCGGUAGACCUGGCGGGCUGCGUGCCGGUUGCAGCCGAGUGUCUUCUGAGCAAGGGCGACGAGGACUACAAGCAGGAGGAGCUGGCACCUGGGGCCCAGCCGUGCUGCCCAGUUACGAUGACCAGUGUGGAUAAGACCGUGUACUGCUUACAGGCUCCCUCUAUGCCGAGCGACAGCCUGCCCGCAGACACACAAACUCAAGGCACUUCUAAGAAGAGUCUAUUACCUGUAAGGUCCAAAGAAGUCCUUGUUUCCAAACAUCUUCAUUCAGGAGGGCUAGAGAAUGAUGUUGCAAAAAUCACCAAAUCAAGACGAGAGAAUAGGCAGAUGAAGGUUGCAGACACUGCCAACAGAAGGAAUGUCAAAAAGGGCUUCAAACCACCGUGUAAGCAAAAAUCAGAGGAAGAGCUCAAGGAUAAGAAUCAGGUCUUAGAGGCCAUCAACAAGCAGUUGCACCAGAAGUUGACUGAAACUCAGGGAGAGCUGAAGGACCUGACCCAAAAGGUAGAGCUGUUGGAGAAGUUUCAAGACAACUGUCUGGCAAUUUUGGAGAGCAAAGGCCUCAUCCCAGCUUUAGACAGUGAGACCCUGGCAUCACAGCAAGAAGCCACGACCGAUCACACGGACUCUAUGUUGCUGUUAGAAACUUUGAAAGAUGAACUGAAGCUUUUUAACGAAACAGCCAAAAAACAGAUGGAGGAGUUACAGGCCUUAAAGGUAAAGUUGAAGAUGAAAGAAGAAGAAAGGGCCCAAUUCCUAGAACAACGUCCUUUAUUUAACUGUCAACUAAAUGAUUUUACAGCAACUAUUAAGGAAAUGGAGCAGCUAUUGGAAAUGUGAUAAAAAGCAAGUGGCUAGAUGGCUGCCUCUUGGGAAUAAGUUCUCAGAGGAAGCCAUAGGACAUCUUGGCCAUGAUUUUCUGGGACUCACCAUCUCCAAAGUGAAAAC